CCGGUGGGCGUGGGAAGGGCGGAGUCCGCGGGAGAGGCCCCUCCUCCGCAGGGAUGGAAGAAGAAGAAGAAGAGGAGCCACUCCAGGCGGCAGCUGCUGGUGCUAGUGCUGCUGCUGCCUCCGGUGCCUUGGCCAUGGGGGACUACGACUCGUGGACGUCGUUCCUGGGGGAGUGGGGCCGGUUUCAGCGCCUGGUCUUCUUCCUGCUGAGCGCCAGCAUCGUGCCGAACGGGUUCAACGGGAUGUCGGCGGUCUUCCUGGCGGGGGUCCCCGAGCACCGGUGCCGGGUCCCCGAGGGCGCCAACCUGAGCGCCGCCUGGAGGGAGGCCAGCAUCCCCGAGGAGCAGCGGCCCGGGGGCAGGACGGGGCCCCACCGCUGCCGCCGCCUCCGCCUCGAGGCCCUGCGCAACUUCUCCGCCGCCCGCCUGCUCCCGGGGACCGACGUCAACCUCAGCCUCGUCCCCACCGAGCCCUGCCUCGACGGCUGGGAGUACAGCCCCAGCCCCUACCUCGCCACCAUCGUCAGCCAGUGGAAUCUAGUAUGUGAUGAUGACUGGAAAGUCCCCUUGACUACAUCUUUGUUCUUUGUGGGAGUGCUGCUUGGAUCCUUUAUAUCAGGACAGCUCUCGGACAGGUUUGGCAGAAAGGCUAUUCUGUUUGCAACCAUGGGUGUGCAGACAAGUUUCAGCUUCCUACAGAUCUUCUCAACCAGUUGGGAGAUGUUCACAGUGCUUUUUCUUAUAGUUGGCAUGGGGCAGAUUUCAAACUACGUUGUGGCCUUCGUAUUAGGCUCAGAAAUUCUUGGCAAAUCAGUUCGUAUUAUAUUCUCUACAUUAGGAGUUUGCAUAUUUUUUGCAAUUGGCUACAUGUUGCUGCCACUAUUUGCUUACUUCAUCAGAGACUGGCGGAUGCUGCUACUGGCUCUUACUUUACCUGGGGUGCUCUGCGUUCCACUGUGGUGGCUCAUUCCUGAGUCUCCCCGUUGGUUGAUUUCUCAAGGAAGAUUUGAAGAAGCUGAACAGAUUAUUCGGAAGGCUGCAGAAAAAAAUGGAAUUACAGCCCCAGCAGUAAUCUUCGAUCCCACAGAGGUGAAGGAUAUGAAGGCCAAACAGCAGCAGGGCACGCUUCUUGACUUGUUCAGAACUCCAAACAUUGCAAUUAUCACUGUCAUGUCACUUCUCUUGUGGAUGAUUACCUCUAUUGGUUACUUUAGCUUGUCACUCAGCACUCCCAACUUGCAUGGGGAUGUCUACCUCAACUGUUUCCUGUCUGCACUAACAGAAGUUCCAGCCUGCAUAAUUGCUUGGCUACUUCUCCGAAACUCACCUCGGCGUUAUUCAAUAUCUGGCACACUCUUCUUGGGAGGAGGAAUUAUCCUGUUUAUUCAGCUUGUACCUCCAGACCUCCACAUUCUCUCUGUCACUUUGGUGAUGCUGGGGAAGUUUGGGGUCACAUCUGCCUUCUCCAUGCUUUAUGUUUAUACUUCAGAGCUCUACCCAACUGUAGUGAGAAACAUGGCAGUGGGUGCUGCAUCCAUGUCAUCCCGGGUGGGCAGCAUCAUUGCUCCUUACUUUGUUUACCUUGGUGCCUAUGAUAGGUUUCUGCCAUAUAUCCUUAUGGGCAGCCUUACUGUGCUGAUAGGAAUUCUCACCCUCUUCCUACCAGAAAGUUAUGGGAAUCCUCUGCCAGAGACAUUUGAAGAGAUGCUACAAAUCAAAGGAUUCAGAAAUAAAAAACACACCUACAAAAUAGGAAAUUCAAAGCAAAAUGAACUGAACAGCAAGAAUCUGAGGACAGCAUUAUAAAUAUAUAUAUCUUGGGCUGUUGAUGAAAUGGACAACCAGGACUUAUUAGCAAAUGUUUCUGAAGAUAAAAAUGAAAAGUCAUUAAUGCUGCUAGGGAAGGGGUUGUCUUAUUGCCAACAGUUCACAACACAGCUAUACCAAAAUGAGUGGGUUUUUGGUUAUGUUACUGUUGGUAUACAUAAAGUUCCAAGUAGUUAUUUUGUGCCUUGAUUUUAGAAUUUGUUGGGUUUUCUUGUGAAGUCUUAAGCACUUUCAUCUCAUCUGCUCCUGAUGCAUUUUGUAAAAGAAGGUCAUUAACAACUAUUGGGAGAUGUGAAAUACUGACUGUAUAGAAUCUUAAGAGUUAAAGCGAUAACAUACCAAAUUCCUUUGAACUCAAGUAUCACUUUUAAAAGACCCUAAGAAGAGCUGAAUGGAUAAAUAAUUCCAUUUAAUGACGUUAAUUUAAUUAUUUUAGGAAAUGAAUAUUUUUUUCUUUCAAAAAAAGAAUAAAGUUUAAAAGUUUGAUCCUAAUAAAUAGAGGUGUAAACAUUUAAAAACAUUUUUAGAAGCAAAGUUGGACCUCAUUUCAUAAGCAUGAAUGUCAACAAUACCUCUAUUAUAUUUGACGAUAACUGUAAAGUCCAAAUGCUUAAAAUUAGUUGGCAUUAACCAAAUGGUAUGGUUUCAUUGGAAGCUUUCCAGAGCAUAGACAAUAAUGUCCACAAAUUAUAUCUCCUCACGGUCCCUUUCUCCCCCCCCCCUCUAAUUUUACUUAUUUGUCAGAUAUACAACAGUACUCACCAAGCCCAAACUCACAGCUGGUUCCUGGGACCAGAACCAGAACUUCUGCAAAUCAGAUCUUAUGGUGCACUCGUGUCAUCCUGCCAAAAGACAUUAUUGUGAUUUUGGGGUGGUUUUUUAUGUUUAUUGCACAUACUGUAGGUUUCUAUUCUUAGAGCAGAAUAUAACGAAUAUUUUGAAAAAAAGAAGAGUAUUGCACCUAAGAUACAUUUGACAGUUAUUUCUUUAUGAGCUUUUGAACAAAUUUGUAGCAAAGAAAAGAAUAUUGACUUACAGGUAAGACAGUUGUGCCAAGUAAAGUUCCUAUACAAAUCAAAGUGUAUUACCCACUUAACAGUAAAAUUCUCUCCUUUGCAAACAGAACAUAUGUCUAUUUCAUAACCUUUUCAUGUGAUGUCUCAGGAUGGGAGAUGAAAGACAAUCUCCUGACAACAGCUUUGUGUAUGAAAAAGAGGACCAGUUCAUAUGUCAUUAGCAGCAGUGAAGUGGUGGUGAGUGGGACUGUGCUCUUGCUGCUGCUGCUGCAUCUGUUCCUAUGCCGCUGCUGUGGUAAUGUACAUCCGAACAACAAUGUGUAACCUGGGUAAACUAAUAGAUGAGUAAGCUAAGGGUAGCUGUUCAUCAUUUUCUAAAGAUUAACAUAAGCAACAAAGCAACACUACAUCCUAACUAUGUUUUAUACAAUUAAUCCAUAAGACUAAUAAUAACUAGCCAAACAAGCCUUGCUACUGUUAAGAUUUCACCAUUCCAAAAUCAACUAAUUCCCCUUUCCCCCCAUAAAUGUUUUCAUUUACCACGUAUCUCCUAUAUUAAGAAGAAGAUUCUGUUCUGCUGUGUCUGCUUUAUUUAUCAAUUCUUCUUACAUAAUUUCCAUGGCUUAAUGUGUAAUAUGAUUCUUUGAAUGUUUCAGAUGCUUGGAAGGUUGUGAGGUUUUGAGUCAGAAACUCCCAAGUGUUGCUUUCCAGGUCAGCAUUUGAACAGUUUUUUCCUCUUCUGCCACUUUACCCUGCUUGCUCUGUGGUCAAGAAGAUAUAUAACUUUUUGCCCCAUAGCAAACUGGCAGGUAAAUUAUGUGCUUUAGUAAUCAUCCUGAAGGGUGUAGUUUGUUUGAUUGUUUGUUUUCAUCUCUAAGUGUUUAAGCAGUAACCACAGUCCCCAAGUAAACAGGUCCAAAUCAUAAUUAAUUUCUAGAUAAAGUGUCCAGCUCUGCAAUAGAUGAAAAUGUUUACAGUCUAUUGUAAUUUCUGCAAUAUGUCAAAACACUUUAUAUUUAUGUAGAUAUUUUAUACAAAAAUUAUGGAUUCUGAUCAUGUUUUAUAUUAUUGUAACUGUCACUGUUUCUAAAAUUUAUCCUGUAUAUAUUGUGGUAUUUUCAUGGAGGACUCAGUUUUACCUGGGUUUCUUUGACAAUUUAAGCUUCUCUGCAUUUUCAAGAAUUGUGACAUUGUAAAAUAAAGGCUUCAUUUUUGGAGGGA